AUGGCUAGCAGGAUCAACCGAUUCUAUUUGUUCUACUUCUGUGCCUCCCACGCUUUAGCAGCAGGCUCACUGUACCAAGGUGGCGAUUCCCUCAAUUCUUCCACCACUCUAGUUUCCAAAAAUGGGCUAUUCACUUUAGGAUUCACUAGACUUGGCUCUGCCGAGUCGAAUGUUAGCUACUUGGGAAUAUGGUACACCAAUGACAUGAGCCACCCUUUUUGGCUUGCCAACAGAGACAAAUCCAUAGCAGACAAUUCAGGGGUUCUUGGAAUAGAUGGAUCAGGAAAUAUGAAACUCACCUACUCUGGUGGUGAUCUUGUUGAUUUUUACUCGAGUCGAUCCUCCACCACCAAUUUAACAGCUGUUUUAGAAGACUCGGGCAAUGUUGUUCUGAAAGAUGCAAAUUCGAAUCAGAUUUUAUGGCAAAGCUUUGAUCAUCCUACUGACGUCAAACAACCCAUGUUUGAUGUUUUGAAAAAUGGAUAUGAAGUUAAGCUUCAAAGGAAUGCAUUGAGCGUGCUGGAACAUCCUAAAGGGAAUGAAGUGGAUGAUGAUAACGAUUUUGAUACGAGCAGUGGCUCUGACAUUGGUGAACAUGAUUUCUACAAGGGCAGCGAGUUCCCUAAAAUUAGCAAGCCAAGGGUUCGAUCAACUAGGCUCUGA